UUUACCACAAAUGGCAGGUUACAUGCCACCUAUUCAUAUGCCGCUGGAGUCGAAAUGGCGACAUUAUCCGACAUACAUUUACGAUAAAAAUUACGGCUACGGUAUGAAUUACUAUCAGCCAAUGAUCGAUUACAUGGAUACUAAGCGACUCCUUAAGCAAUCGAGCACCUCGUCGGUGUUUGAAAAAAGACUAGAAUUGCCCGAAUUACCCUGGUCUGACGGUAAAGUCUUAUGGGAGAACAAAAGGGUGCAACCCUAUACAAGAGACGAUCUCAUUAAACACGCGAUCGACGCCGAAGAUGAGGCUAGAGAUCAUCUAUCACGCUUCAAGGUACGAUAAUAGCGAAAGAGGAGAGAGAGUAAACCUCCGGGAACAUCAACAAAUACAAGGCGAUCCGUUUUCCGAGUGCUGCGCGACUUGGCGACUGUCUGACCUUUUCGGUUUCUAAAUUUGGUGCCGCGGAAAAGGCUGCCACGUUUCGAGUGGCAACGAUCAAAGACGCUGCGCACGAAUGCCGUGCGUAAAUUCACGUCAUCACUGAACUGUAUUUUCUCGUUUUGCAAUCUGCUCUUCCCCGUUCUUUGUGUUGAAGUUGUUUUUAUCUAAUUUCCUCGUUGUAUCGACAAAAUAGACAAAAUGGACCGGUUGUUUAAUAUUAUUUAUACUUUUAAAUUUUUU